AUGCAAACUAACAUUGCUGGGUUACUCAAUGGAAAAAAAGGAUUGGUUACAGGAGUUGCUAACAAUCUAUCAAUAUCUUGGGCUAUUGCGCAAAUAGCUAAAGAGCACGGAGCGGAUUUAGCUUUUACUUACCAAGGAGAAAUACUGGAAAAACGUGUUACGCCAUUGGCAGAAGAGGUAGGAUGUGAUUUUAUAGUACCCUGUGAUGUGACCGAUGAAAAAUCUCUUGAUACCAUAUUUGAGGUAGUGAAAAAAAAGUGGGGCAAGCUGGACUUUUUAGUACAUUCUAUAGCUUUUGCUGAUAGAAAUGAGUUAAAGGGGAGAUAUAUAGAUACAACGUUACCAAAUUUCCUUAAUAGUAUGAAUAUAUCUUGUUAUUCCUUAACAGCUUUAGCAAAACGUGCCGAACCUUUAAUGAAAGAUGGCGGAAAAAUAGUCACUUUAACCUAUUACGGGGCGCAAAAAGUUGUACCCAACUAUAACGUCAUGGGGCUUGCUAAAGCAGCCCUGGAGGCUAGUGUAAAAUAUCUGGCAUCUGAUAUGGGAGUGAAUAAUAUUCGAAUAAAUGCAAUAUCUGCUGGUCCUAUAAAAACCCUAGCAUCCAGUGGUAUUAAUGACUUUAAAAGCAUGCUAUCUAUGCAUGAGAAUACCGCCCCAUUACGUAAAAACACUACUCAGCGUGAUGUUGCUGGCGCUGCGUUAUACUUACUUAGUGAUUUAUCAUCGAGAGUUACUGGAGAAAUACAUUACGUAGAUUGUGGAUUUAAUACUACAAUUGGCCCUAGUCAACCCAAAUAA